UGAGAAUACAGAAGGGCAAAACCACAGAGAUAAUGACAGCGACGGAGCGCAAUGCUUAGACAUACAUCGGCGCUCAUUUUUGACACGGUUGCAGCAUAGCGAAGUCCGGACAUCGGACAAAAUCGUACGGCUUUACGCGUCAUUUGUGUUGCAUCCUCGACAGUAGUGGUCCAGCGAGAAUCUAGCGGAUAACGGGAGUGAAGGACCGGACCGAGCCAUUGCUUUUUUUGAACACCGAAAUAUGCUGAUUACACACAAAAGUCGUUGUUACAUAAAACCGACUGUUGUGUGAUUGUAAACUCGGGAUUUCUGCAGGUGUAUAGAAUAACCCAUCCCAUGAUCGCCUUUUGAUUGUGUUUUGGAGAGGCUGUUUCGCUUCUCGCCAUCCAGUCGGAUAAGCUAUACGCUCUGAGCUUUGGUCACCAAGGCAAAAGCAAGACUCGCAUGGAUAAAUUCAGAAGCAUUUAUGGAACACAGAAUUUGCUUGCAUGACCCAAGAUGGUGCCACUGCGAUGAAAUGUCUCUGAGAGUACAUUGAAAUCAGAUUUUGAGAUAUAAACAGCAUCAGGAACUGUUUUUAGAUCGCAUUACAGAAACCACACUCUAGACUGUUAGAAAAACACAUCAGCUAGAAUUUAAAGAAGAAGUGGAGUAAGGACGGUGCAGACAUGAAUGGUAAUAUGGGUGAGAUGUCUGUGCACAGCCAUGUAGAGCUGGCACACAGUCAGGACAGCAGAGCCAUGCUGCACUCUCGGGAUCUCAUGGCUGCUUUCCCUCGUCCCUCUCUGGGAGGCCCCACUAUGGGCCUGGAGUCUGACCACCAGAGCCCCUCGUAUGACCACAGCAUGGCAACUCUGGGGUACAGUAGGGACCCACCAACCAGCUGUGGAAGCACCUACACCACACUGACACCCCUCCAGCCUUUUGAUGACAAAUUCCACCAUCAUCAUCAUCAUCAUCCCUGCCUGCCCGUGAGCAACGUCAUCGGCAGCUUCACGCUCAUGCGAGAAGAUCGAGGCCUGGGAGGAAACUACUAUACGCCGUAUGGAAAAGACUUUGGUUUAGGACAGGGUCUGUCUCCUCCGUUGGGCAGUGCAGGCCUGGAGACCGCCAUGCAUGGCUAUGGUAGCCUGGGAAGUCAGAAUGGACACAGUAGCCAGAUGCUUCCAGGUGGCCAUGAGGUCCAUAUGGGCAGCAAUGGGGGUAACAUCUGUCGAACAGUACCAGACUUUGGGAGGGAGAUGUCACCGCCGUCUCUGGGGGGCGAGCAUGGGGUCAGCCACCAGCUAAACAAAAUGAAUGCCCAUCAGCGCACUCCCACCUACCACCCCCAUAUAUACAACCAGAGUUAUCAGCACCACCUCCCAAGCCAGCAGGCCUCCAAGCUCGGGGAUCUACCCUCUUCUUCCCCUUCCUCCUCUAACACCAGCUUGGGAAGGGAGGGCAUGCUGGCCAGCUCACAGAACGGUGGUGGAGGGGAGGAGAUCAACACCAAAGAUGUGGCUCAGAGAAUCAUCACUGAACUGAAGAGGUACAGCAUCCCACAGGCCAUUUUCGCAGAGCGGGUUCUGUGCAGGUCUCAGGGCACUCUGUCAGACCUGCUCAGGAACCCCAAACCUUGGGGGAAACUCAAGUCUGGCCGCGAAACCUUCAAGAGGAUGUCCCACUGGCUACAGGAGCCAGAAUUUCAGAGGAUGGCCUCGUUACGUCUGGAAGCUUGUAAGCGUAAGGAGCAGGAGCAAUCCAAGCUAGAGCGCAACCAGGGGCCCAAGCGCACCCGGUUAGUCUUCACAGACCUGCAGCGUCGUACUCUCAUUGCCAUUUUCAGAGAGAACCACCGACCGACCAAAGACCUGCAGAUCACCAUCUCUCAGCAGCUUGGCCUUGAGCUUUCCACCGUAAGCAACUUCUUCAUGAACGCUCGCCGCAGAAACCACAACCGCUGGACCGAAGAGGGCCGCCCAUCCUCCACCGGCUCAUCAGGGUCCAGCACUGUGUCUCCAGCUGUGACCUGCUCCACGGCAUGAUGGGAAAAUGAGCCGUUUUAUGCUCUCCACAGCACAGGUUUACCUGUAGCUCCUAGAGUUUGAGAUUUUUUAUCAAGGGUGUAUACAAAUCAACAGCAUAUGAAACCAAAGAUUAAGUCUGAUGUUCGCAAUGUCUAGACGAGACAGGAUUUGAUUGUAGUUUUAGCGCUGAUUGUUUUAGCUUUAAUCGCAAAGGAUGAGCCCAACACAUCAGGGCUUGUGAAAUCAUUCACAAAUCAACAUAUUGAGGGUUAUGAAAAGGUACUGAAUAGAUAUUGAAUCUAUUAAUUUUGUAAUUCGUUACAGCAUCUAAAAUCAGUGCAGAUGUUUCUGGGUUUUCUUUGUUGAUCAUGACAGACAGAAAGUCAGAGUCAAAAUUAUAUUUUUAGGGUUCUCGAGAGAGAGAGAUGAUUUUGCAACAAACAGAAAAUUAAUGACCAAAGA